UCCCCUCCUAAAACCCUAGCCCGACCGCCCCGCCCCGCCUCCACCUUCGCCUCCCACCUCUCUCCCCUGCGCGCGGCCACUGCGGCCGAAGAAGCUUCCCAGCCGGCACCAGAAAAUGGGGCACAACGAAGGGGAGCACGAGCAAGAGCGUGACGACCUCUCCGCGGACGACUCGCUGUGGAGCGAUGACGUCUGGUCCGAGGGCGACGAGGGCUCGCUGUCCUUUGAGGACAGCGGCGAGGGCUCCGAGGCCGAGUCCGACGAGCCGGAGGAGGCGGCGGUAGAGAGUGACUCCUCGGAGGAUGAGGUGGCGCCGAAGAACACUGUGGGGGACGUGCCGCUAGAGUGGUACAAGAACGAGGAGCACAUCGGGUAUGAUAUCUCCGGGAGGAAGAUCAAGAAGCGCGAUAGGGAGGGCCGCAUUGAAGCAUACCUCAGGAACGCUGAUGACGCCAAGAAUUGGAGAAAGAUCUAUGAUGAGUAUAAUGAUGAGGAGGUGCAAAUUACAAAGGAAGAGGCUAAGAUAAUUAGUAGAAUGUUGAAGGGAAAGACUCCACACACCAAUGUUGAUCCAUAUCCAGAUUAUGUUGAUUGGUUUGAAUAUGAUGAUAAAGGUCAUCCACUUUCUAGUGCCCCUGAGCCAAAGAGGCGAUUUGUGCCCUCAAAGUGGGAGCAGAAGAAGGUUGUUAAACUUGUAAGAGCCAUUCGUAAUGGAUGGAUAAAGUUUGACAAGCCAAAGGAGGAGCCUAACUUUUAUCACUUGUGGGGAGAUGAAACUGAUACAGCAGACAAUAAGCGACAAGGCUUGAGCUACAUUCCUGCUCCUAAACCAAAUUUACCAGGUCACGAAGAGUCAUAUAAUCCAUCAGUUGAAUAUAUUCCCACACAAGAGGAAAUAGAUUCAUACCAGCUUAUGUAUGAGGAGGAUCGUCCGAAGUUUAUUCCAAGACGAUUUGAGUCUCUUCGAAGUGUACCUGCUUAUGAGAAGGCUUUGAGAGAAGGUUUUGAUCGGUGUCUAGAUCUUUAUCUAUGCCCUAGAACCCGCAAAAAGCGUAUAAAUAUCAAUCCUGAGUCACUCAAGCCCAAGUUACCAAGUAAAAAGGAUUUGAGGCCAUACCCAAAAACUUGUUACCUUGAGUUCAAGGGCCAUAGCGCUCCUGUGAAAUCCCUUUCAGUUGAAAUAACAGGGCAGUGGAUUGCAUCUGGUUCUUCUGAUGGUACAAUUCGUAUUUGGGAGGUUGAAACUGGUCGUUGUUUAAAAGUUUGGAAUGUCGGUGGUGAUGUCCGUCAUAUUGCUUGGAAUCCUGCACCUGAUAGGCCUAUUCUUGCUGCUAUUGUGGACCAUGACCUGCUACUUCUUAAUGUUGAGGUGGGGAGUGAAGAAGUGCAAAUGAAGUCAAAAGAGCUCCUCCGAAUUGAUGAAUCGGCUCCCGAAGAUGAUGCUGAUGAUAAGAAACCAGCUGUUAGGUGGGUGAAGAAUGAAAAACUUGAUGGAAUCACCCUGAUUCAUCAUAAGGCUGUAUCAAAUGUGGACUGGCAUUUUAAGGGAGAUUACUUCACCACAGUUGUGCCAAGUGGGGAUACAAGAGCUGUAUUGUUGCAUCAGCUCUCAAAGAAGCAUUCCCACCAUCCUUUCUCUAAACUGCCAGGCCUUCCCGUUGCAGCAGCAUUCCACCCAAGUCAGAAGAUGUUCUUUGUUGCUACUAAGAAGUUUGUUCAGGUUUAUGAUCUCCAAAAGGCACAGUUGGUCAAGAAGCUGGAGUCAGGUCUCCGGGAGAUUUCAUCUAUCUCGAUCCAUCCUGGUGGUGAUAAUGUUAUUGUCGGAAGCAAAGAUGGUAAACUAUGUUGGUUUGAUACUGAUCUAUCUACGCGGCCAUACAAGACUCUAAAGACCCACUCUAAGGAUAUCACCAGUGUCACUUUUCACCGAAAGUACCCUCUUUUUGCCUCAUCCUCUGAGGAUUGUUCAGUAUAUGUAUUUCAUGGAAUGGUCUAUUCUGAUCUUAAUCAGAACCCACUCAUUGUACCAUUGGAAAUUCUUCGUGGCCAUUCUAGUUCAGAUGGAAGAGGGGUUUUGGACUGCAAGUUCCAUCCAAAACAACCUUGGUUGUUCACUGCUGGUGCUGACUCCGUGAUUAGACUGUAUUGCGACUAAGUAUGCCUGCAAAGGAUGAUGCAUGGUUUUGCCAGGCAAUAUGACAUGUCUAGGCUUCAAUAUGGUGUGAUGAAUGCUGUAUUCUUAUACGAAGUCCCAAACUGGAGCCUGUAUCAUCUGGAUAGUUGGAUAGAAUGCACGUGUGUUGAAGCCAUCAGUCCAAUAUCAGUUCUGUUUCAAGCAAUUGGUGGAUCUUGUUUUCAGGCCUACUUUUGAAGAGCAUUAAGAUGAGAAGCGGAGUGUUUCAGAGUCCGAACACUCUGCAUAACAGGGAUAGAAAAGAACUGCCUCAAGUAAUUUAGUGGCUUGACAGGACUAGAAAAUUUUGAAGUCUUGGGAUUGAGCUGUUACAGAAGUUAUUUAAUGUUACUUACUCUAUGAAAGCUGCAACUAGCGCGGUUAAAACUGGAGCUCGAGUAUGAUGUGUAAUUUGGCGACGUUGUAAUAUUUCUCAAUUUGUACCAUGAUCAUGUAACACUAAACAUUGGUCGCCACACUACCAAAGUCUGAGAUGUGCCCCUUACUGAUUCCCCAGUUCA